ACCAGUAAAUGCUGGGUUCGAGUCUUGGGGGAAGGGGAAGCCUGGGGCAUACCCAAAAAAAAUAAAAAUAAAAAUAAAAUGGAACGCGUAAGUCAAUCCUGUUGUAACCUGCGACGUUUUUGAUGGAAGAAGGGGAAAAUGGAAGAAGAUGGAACAACUCUCUGCAACUGCGACGGCAUUAGAGUGGGAGACUAUAUUCUAGAAUCAAAGCUUGGAGAAGGCUCCUUCUCUGUAGUUUGGAAGGCCCAGCACUGUCUCACUGGCCAACAAGUGGCUCUGAAGCAGGUCUAUCUUUCAAAGCUCAAUAGGCACCUCAGAAGCUGCUUGAACUGCGAGCUUACCUUCUUGUCCUCUGUUAACCACCCCAACAUAAUUCGUCUCUUCCAUGUCUUCCAGGCCAAUAGUCCCCAUCCUCCGGGAAAAAGUUGCGUCUUCCUGGUCCUGGAAUUUUGUGCUGGUGGGAACCUAGCUUCUUAUAUCAAUCAGCACGGGAGAGUUCAAGAACAAAUCGUUAGAAGAUUUAUGCAGCAGCUUGGGGCUGCUUUAGAAUUACUUCACUCUCACCACAUCAUUCACAGAGACUUAAAACCAGAGAAUAUUCUGUUAUCAGGUUCUGAGGAUGAUUUGUUGCUAAAAAUAGCUGAUUUUGGCCUCUCAGGAAUUGUACUUCCAGAUGAUUUUGCAGAGACAGUCUGUGGAUCCCCACUAUACAUGGCUCCAGAGGUUCUUCAAUUCCAAAGAUAUGAUGAAAAGGUUGACAUGUGGAGUGUUGGUGCAAUUCUUUUUGAGCUCCUUAAUGGCUACCCACCAUUUUGUGGUAGGAGUAAUGUUCAGGUGCUAAAGAAGAUAAAGUCAAGCACAUGUCUUCCAUUUUCUCAACUUAUCCUUCCUGGAUUGAACCCGGAUUGUCUUGACAUUUGUACAAAACUGCUAUCUCGAAAUCCAGGGCAACGCCUGUCUUUCCAUGAAUUUUCAAGGCACAAAUUCUUGAGAUGACAACAAUGGGGAUUUAAAAGCCAUGCAAAUUCAUAUGCGGCAUAUAGUCUCCAUUUAAGACUCUUUUCGAGAUUAGCUGACAUGGAUAUUAACAAAAAAGUUUUAAGUGAAAAAUGAAAGAAGUGCCAUUUUCCACUGCCUUUGCUUCAUGUUUAUCUAAUGGAAGUGACGACAUAGUUUUAUGUCAUUUGGUGACAGGAUCUAGCAGAUUGUCCUGGAGUUCUGUUGAAUUGAGAAAGAGUCCUAACUAACGAAAUUCGACUGUAAUCUUAGUUUCAUGCAAUUGUAGAUAUGGUGAUAUUAAUUUCAUCUUCAGCAUGGCAUCUUAAGAAAACAAAGUAUUCCCUACAAUAAUAUUUUCUUAUCAUGUUUAUUUGUAGUAUGUAAAUUCUGAAGCAUUUCUUAUGAAAAUGGUAACAUAAAUACUAUCGGUCAACUUUUCUGUAGUUGAUAAAUUGAA